UUUGUGGUACCGAUCGUAGCGCGAUGAAUAUUCAACAAAACCUUGGCAAUGAACGAUGUACUCCGAACUGGAAACUUACUUAGUCGAAUGUUUAAAAAAAAAAUAUUAAAAAUAUGUUUAGGGAAAUGACCUACAUAAUUUAGUAAAAUUACAUGUAUUUUUUUCAACUUCCUUUUGUGUGAAAUUUUCGCCUAUAUACUUGUGCCGCUAAAAUGAUUAAUUAAUCGUAUAGUUUUUUAUUAUCUAAUUUUUUUCCCAAUAAUUUAUCUUUAAUAAUAAAUUUACAAAUGACAUCGCUUAUAUGGAAAAGUGUCGAGUUAUUCGAUGAAAUAGAAAAAUAUGCGGAUCCACGAGUACGAAACUGGUUCUUAAUGGGGUCACCGAUCUCGCCGAUUGUCAUCAUAGUAUCGUAUUUAUACUUUGUACAAAAACUCGGCCCAUCGUUGAUGAAAAACAGAUCUCCGUUCAAAAUCGAAAAGAUAAUUAUUCUUUAUAACGCCGUUCAAGUGUUUCUAGCUGCGUAUAUCGUUAAAGAAGCUUGUCGAGUAUUAUGGUUUAGAGGAAAUUACAAUUUUCACUGUAUAGAAAUCGAUUACUCGGAUACAGAACAUGGAAGAGAGCAAGCCAGAGCAGUAUGGGUGUACUUCAUGACGAAAUUACUUGAUCUACUGGAUACGGUGUUUUUUGUAUUGAGAAAAAAACAAUCUCAAGUUACAUUUCUGCACGUGUAUCAUCAUACAUUAGUAUUCACUUUCGGAUGGUUUGUUACCAAGUAUUAUCCAGGAGGCCAUAUUGCAUUUUUCGGUACUGUAAAUGCAUUUGUCCACAUGAUAAUGUACACUUACUAUUUGAUCACAGCGUUGCAUUUGCUUAGCAAUAAAUCAUUAUGGUGGAAAAAAUACAUAACUCAAUUGCAACUGAUUCAAUUCAUCAUCACCGGUCUACACGCCAUGUUGGGUCUAUUCGCCACCAACUGUAACUUCCCAAAAUACCUAAUCGCUAUCGGAAUACCUCAAGACGUGUUUAUGUUUUGGUUAUUCUGGGACUUUUAUCGAAAAGCUUACCUUAGCCCGAAAAAAACUAAAAACUUGAACGGUACAAGUGCAGAAGUUAAAAAUAAAAAAGAGUGAAACCAACGUUCAAAAUUACUACUUACCUAAAAUUCAACAAGUCGUAAUAUUUAAUCAAUGUUUAUGUUUGUUUGUUUUUUUUUCUCUGUUUUUUUUUCUUGUUUUGUUUUAGUGUUUUAAAUAUACGUAAAUUUGUUCU